CUCCAGGCUCCAGCAUCUGACCCAUCCCAUUCCCCAUUCCACACCCACUAAACCCUAGCGGCGAGCCAUGUCCCGCAAGCGCCGCGCGCCGCCGCCGCCGCCGCCGCCGCAGGAGUCGUCCUCCGAGGAAUCCGGCUCCGUGGAGGAGGAGGAGGAGGAGCCUCCGAGCCACCCCGCUCGACGGAUGCCUCCUCCCGCCGCUGCGGCCGACGGAGCCGACUCGUCGGAGGGCUCCGGCUCCGAUUCCGACUCCGACACCGACGCGCAGGCCUUCCAGAUGCGCCAGCUGCACCGCUUCCCCACCAAGCUACCGCCGCACCCGGUUCCCCAGCCCGCAUCCCACGCCGCCGCCGCCGCCGACGACGACGACGAGGGCGAGUCGUCGGAGUCGGAGUCGGAACCUGAGAACCCUGAGCCGGUGGUUCAGAAGAAGGCGGCCGCGGCCGGGAAGUCCAAGGCGGAGCAGGAGAGGAAGAGGCCCGCGGCGGAUCCUGCUCCGUCCGGCAAGGCGAAGAAGGCCAAGGCUGGGGCUGAGAAGGCUGCGGCCCCUGCUGAGGCUACCCCGCCCGGCAAGGCGAAGAAGGGCAAGGCCGAGUCGGAGAAGGCGGCGCCUGAGGCCCCUCCAGCUGGCAAGGCGAAGAAGGGCAAGGCUGAGCAGGAGAAGGUGGUGCCUGAGGCCACUCCAGCCAGCAAGGUGAAGAAGGUCAAGGCUGAGGAGGAGAAGGCAGCGUCUGAGGACACCCCUUCUGUCAAGGGGAAGAAGGGCGGGGGCAAACUGGAGAAGCCAGGGGUGCUCGAUUCCUCGCCGUCCAGCAGCAAGCCUGAGAAGCUUCCGCGUGCUCAGCGUCUAUGGACGAAGAAUGAUGAGAUGAAGGUCUUGGAGGCCCUCGCGGGGCAUGUGAAGAGUGACGGCACUCUACCAAAGACUGAUUUCCUCCUUGCUACUGUUGGUGACCGCCUCGAUAGGAAGAACUGCACCUACUCAGAUAUCUAUGAGAAGGUACGACAGCUCAAGGGGCGGUAUGAGAAAGCAGUGAGCACAGGCAUUGUGCCAAGUAAAGAAGAUGAGCUCCAGAUUUAUAAACUCUCGGAAGCAGUCUGGGGUGAGAAGGCGAAGGAGGCUCUUGCUGCAGCUAGAUCUCAAAAUGAUGGCGCUGUGACAAAGAGUAAGAAGGGGCAGUCUAACAAACAGAAAGUGGAUGGAAAUUCAAAGGGUGGCACACCAAAAGAGGCUGCCGCCAGUACUGCCAGUCAAAAUGGUGAUUCUCAGAAAGGAAGUAAGAAGGGGCAGGCCAUCAAAGAGAAAACAGACAGAGACGUAAAGAGCAGGUUGUCAAAGGAGGCAACCGCUACUGGUACCCCAAGUAAGAGUAAGAAGUGGGACAAUCAAAAUGAGGAGUUGGACAAAGAUGCAAAGAGCGGUGAUUUGGGAAAGAGCAAGAGGGAGAAAACUGACAAAGGGAAGAAGGACAUAGAUAGGGAUAGUCUCAAGUCAAAGGAAGCCGCAGCUGCAAAUCAGAAUGGUGGCACUCUGACUAAGAACAAGGAAGGGGAAACUCAUGAUGAUGAAGUAGAAAGAGAUGCUAAUGUGGAAGUUACACGUAGGGGUUUUGAUGAAUUGCAGGGGUUGUAUUCCAACCUUGCUGCUUAUGUGGAGGAGAUUGAGGCCCAGAAUCCAUGUGGGGAGACUCUGAAGAGAGCAUUUGAGUUCAUUGGUGAUGAGAAGGCACAAUCUUUGGAAUACAAGGUCAAGAGGCAAAGAGUCUCUGAGGCAAAGGCACAGCUCCGUCGAGCGGACGUAAAGAAGGAUGUUCUCAAUACGUUGAUGAGUUUGGUGGAUUAAACUUAUAUGGUUUUAUCAAGUGCUUUUUGUGGUGGCUGGAUAGAAGAUUCAGGUGGAAAGAGGUGAUUUAGUAUUAGUUUAAAGGGUGGGAUUCAAGGUGUUUAACAGGUGGCUAUAUUUCUGUAGUUGUCAGCUAUUAUCACAUUAGUGAGUGCCAGUGAUGAGAUGAUUGUAUUUCUUCCAAGCUGUUGCUUAAGCUGUUGGUUCUGCUAAUCUUUAAGACAUUCCGUUGUAGCAUUUGGCUUUGGCAGGUAUAUACUUAAUGGGAUGGUAAAUUUUUGUCAAUGCUUUAUAAUGAGGAUUCCUAGUAGCAGCUGGAUUCCUAGUAGUGACUCUGUUUUGUCA